AAGGAAGUAUAUGUCUUCCAAGAAAAAAAUCCUGGGAUAAAUUAGCAGUUCUCCAGGCACUUGCAUCAACUGUAAACAGGGAUACCACAGCUGUUCACUACAUGUUUCAAGAUGAUCCAUAUCUUAUUCCUAGAACUAGUACUGAAUUUCAUUCAUUCUCCUUAUCAAAAGAAUCUGGGAAAAAUGCAGCCAAAUUCGUUGUUGACAAACAUCCUAAAUAUUUUGAGAAGGAUAUCGCUGAACCUCACAUACCGGGUCUCAUGCCAGAGGGGUUCAAUGUAUUGCAGCUUGAAGACAUGAGUGAGAGGGCACUUAAAAAUCAAAUCCUGCUCAGAAAGCUAAAAACUUCUGUGGAUAUGUAUGAUCAACUCCUGCAAGCAGGAACUAGCAUAUCUUUGGAGACAUCAAACAGUCUUCUGGAUCUCUUAUGUUUUUAUGGAGAUAGAGAGCCUGGUCAGGGGAGCAACUCUGGAGAUAACAGCGAGUUGGAAGAACCGGAAGAAGCUGCAAAAGGGAGAAGGCACAGGAGCAACUUCGGGAAUAUCUCUGAUAGCCUUGGCAUUAAGUGGAGGAAGAACAACAAUGCUGAGAGAAUAUUCAAUCUGAUGCCAGAAAAAAAUGCACAUUCCUAUUGCACAAUGAUCCGAGGAAUGGUGAAGCAUAGAGCAUACACAAAUGCUUUUGACAUGUAUACGGAGUUACUGAAUAACAGGCUUAAUGCUGAUGUGUACACCUUCAAUGCACUGGUUUCUGCAGCCGUAGAAGUGAAGGAGAGAUACACUGAAAGAUGGGAACUUGUUGAAGACUUGCUGAGGCAGAUGGCUCAGCAGAACAUACAGCCAAAUCUGCUCACUUUUAACUCUGUGCUGAAGGCGCUGAGGUGGUGUGGUCCUUUAGGCAGGAUUAUGGCCCUGCAGACUCUGAGUGAGAUGCGUGCGCUAAAUAUAGAACCUAGCCUUGCAACGUUUGACCAUCUCCUUGGCAUAUUUCAUAAAUCCGCUCGAGGACCAGUGGAAAUGAUCUAUGAUGUAAUAGAUGUCAUUAAGGGAAAGAGUUUCUACCCUCAGGACCCAGAUGAUGCCAACUUUUUCUCAGAUGCUAUGAGAAUAUGCCUGGACCUGAAGGACGUUGAGCUUGCCUAUCAGCUGCAUAGUGUGGUGGAGACAGCAGAGAACAGGAAAAUGAUGGGAGCCAUGGCCCAGCAGACCUCUUACUAUGGAAGGUUUUUUAAGUUAUUGUGUACAAUGGAGCAGCUUGAUGUUGUGUUGAAGUGGUAUAAAGAACUUGUUCCUUCAAUGUUUUACCCAAACUCUCAAGGGAUGCUGGAUCUCCUUCAAGCAUUGGACACAGCCAAUCAUUUGGAAAUUAUUCCUCAGAUCUGGAAAGAUAUCAGGCAGCUUGGACAUAGCCGUAGACUUCCUGUGGUGGAGGAAGUUCUGUCUCUCAUGGCCAGAGACACCCAGUCUCCAGAGGUUCAGGUGGCGUUUGCAGACUGUGCUGCAGAUAUACUAGCUCUCUAUGAAAUACAAGAAAGGAGACAGAGUGUUCUGGAGUGGACAGCCACUUCUUUGGGUAAUGUCACUGUUCUAUUUGCCAGGGCUGGAAGAACAGCAGAAACCUGGAAUAUGCUGGAGCUUUUCAAAAAACACAAUCGAAUUCCCAGUAAUUUGGUGAUGAAUGAGGUCUUGAACUGCAUUAAGCAAAGCAAUCAACCAGGUCAGGCGCUUGACCUAGUACAGAUGGCUGCCGACUUCAGUUUACCAUCAACUUCAAAGCUUGCCAGAAGAGCUUUGGAAGAACUUCAGCUCUCUGAAGAGCAGAGGUGA